AGAAACAGUAAUUUCAGAAAGCUCAAACUCAAAAGCCACCUCCAGGUCUUCUAGUAAACGUGCAGACGCAGAAGCAGAUCUUGCAGCUAAGCUAGAACAGGCCAAUGCAAUGGAAGAAAUACAUGAACAACAAACAAAACUCAUUAAGCUGGAGAGUGAAUGGAAGCUUAAAGAGGCAGAGGUUAAAUUAAGACUAGAGGAGGAGAAAACAAAGCUACAACGGCUACAAGCGUCAAAGGAAGUAAAGGUAGCAGCAGCACGAGUCAAAGCAUACAAUGCCUUUGAUAAUGUUGAAAGUUGCAAUCAAGAGGUCGACAACAUAAUGCUGCCCGACUACCUAAAUACUGAUCUUCGAACUCCACUGUAUCCAAGAGCCCUGCCAUUUCAAUCUCAGCAAAGACCCCCCGAGAUGUUGAGAAAUCAAGAGGAGGUGAGUCUAACCCAAGCGCUUGCAAGCUCACUUAUUCUUAGUCGUCUGCCUGUACCAGAACCCUCCACGUUUACCGGUGACCCUUUAGAGUACUUGGAUUGGAAGACAUCCUUUAUGGCACUUAUCGGCCAGAAGCCCCUCCCUGUGUGUGAAAAAAUGCUAUACCUAAAGAGUUAUCUUGCAGGGGACGCACGCAGAGCAGUUGAAGGAUUCUUCUACCGAAACACUGAAGACGCAUAUAAGGGCAUUUGGAACGUGCUACAGGACAGAUAUGGAAAUCCAUUCAUCAUCCAAAGAGCUUUUAGGGACAAACUCACAAAAUGGCCAAAGGUAGCUGCAAAUGACCCCGCAGCGCUCAGAGAGUUUGCAGAUUUUCUGCAAAGUUGCGCCGAAGCCACUCCCCACGUUAAAGGCUUAGCCAUCCUCAACGAUUGUGAAGAAAAUCAUAAGCUCCUCAAAAAGCUGCCUGAGUCCAUGGCACAUAGAUGGAGUCGCAUUGUAGUGAACGAGUUAGACAAAUCUCAAGAGUAUCCAACCUUUGCUCGUUUCACAGAGUUCAUGCAGAAGGAAGCCAGAAUAGCUUGCAACCCCAUGGCCUCCCCCUUCCUGAUGAACAACAGAUUUGAAGACGAGAGAUUUCCCAAGAGAGCAAAAGCCCUAAACACGCACGCUCAAACAAAGUCCUUCAUCUCUGGCCCACCAGAAACCUCAGCCUCACAUCCAAGGCCACCUUGUUCAGUCUGUGAAGAUGAUAGUCAUGGUAUUGUUAAGUGCCCAACCUUUGCAGCAAGAACUGCUGAUGAAAAGAAGGUUUUCAUUCAGGAAAAUCGUCUUUGUUUUGGAUGCCUAAGGAAAGGUCACGUAAGUAAAGACUGCAAAGGACGUCACACCUGUAACAUAUGUAGCCGACGUCAUCCAACCUGUCUACACAUAGAAAGAGACCAAGUGCCUGUAGGAAACUCAAGGAGCAGCUUAGCAGCCUCAGGAGAUGGCGAUACCAAGGAUGUUCGUAAGGUUAUGGCACAUGCACUGACAAGGUAUAGUUCCGCCACAUCUAGCAUUGUCCCUGUCCUUGUGUCCACUACAACAGACCCCCAAAAGGAAAUCCUAACGUAUGCGCUUCUUGACACACAAAGUGACACGACUUUUAUCUUAGAAGAUCUAGUGUCUGAACUUAACAUGAGCACUCAACCGAUCCAACUCAAGCUCAGUACGAUGACAUCUGUGGACACAGUUAUAGCAAGUAAGGCUACAUGCGGCUUCCGUGUUCGUGAAUUUAACUCCGAGACCUGUGUGCAGCUAAAGCAAGCCUACACUCGGGAUUUCAUCCCAGUCGAUAAAUCUCACAUCCCAAACAGCACUUCAGUGGCCUCACCUCAAACGCCUAGCAAACAAACUACAGCCACUGCAACACUGUGAAGUGGGACUAUUAAUCGGUUACGACUGCCCAUCUGCACUAGCUCCUUUAGAGGUCAUUACAGGUACCGAAACUGAACCCUUUGCCCAAAGAACCGCCCUCGGCUGGAGCAUCAUAGGGUCAGCCAACCCACACCUCGACAGACAAGACUGCCAAAGCUUUGUGCACAGAGUUGCAGUUAAAGAAAUGCCAAUGCCACCAGUCACCGAUGUGCUCAAGGCCUUGGAGUCAGAUUUCAGUGAAAGGAGCUAUGAGGACAAGUUUGUGUCUCAAGAUGAUGUUCGCUUUGUACAACUCCUUUGUGGCACUAUAAGGCAAAGAGAAGAUGGACACUAUGAGAUGCCCCUUCCUUUCAAAGACAACAAUCCCCCUGCGCUACCAAAUAAUAACAGACUGGCUACAAUUCGGCUAGAACACCUCAAGAAGAAGUUAAAGAUCCACACGCAGUACUUCGAUCACUACAAAGCCUUUAUGGAAGAAACCAUCAGCAAUGGUGACGCUGAACCAGCCCCUGUAUCUUCUGAGGGAGAUAUUGUAUGGUACAUCCCGCACCAUGGGGUGUACCACCCUAGAAAGCCAGACAAACUCAGAGUUGUUUUUGACUGUUCAGCUAAGUUCCGUGGCAUCUCCCUUAACGACACUCUACUGACAGGUCCUGAUUUAACCAACUCCUUGGUGGGAGUACUCUGUCGUUUCAGAAAGGAAGCAAUGGCCGUGACCUGUGACAUUGAAAAGAUGUUCCAUCAAUUCUCUGUCUCACCUGAAUUCCGCAACUACUUAAGGUUCCUAUGGUGGGAGGGUGGUCAGUUGGAUACGGAACCCAAAGAGUAUAGGAUGGCAGUCCACCUCUUUGGCGCUGGCUCCUCCCCAGGAUGCGCAAACUUCGCCCUUAAGUAUCUGGCACAGCAACACAAGGUUGAUUACACUGCAGCAUCAGCUUUUAUAGAAAAUAACUUCUAUGUAGAUGAUGGUUUAACCAGUGUUUCAUCAGUUGAAGAGGCCCAAAAAUUGAUUGUUGAAGCUCAAGAGCUGUGCAAGAGUGGAGGCUUACAUCGGCACAAGUUCAACUCAAAUCAAAGUGACGUGCUCUCAUGUAUAGACCCUUCAGAAAGGGCAACAACCACUGGUCCCCUCAACCUUAAACCUGACAUGACACCAGAUGGACAUGUACUUGGCAUCCAGUGGUCAAUUGAGAAUGACACCUUCGGCUUCAACGUGGUCACAAAGGACCAGCAACCAACCCGCCGUGGUAUUUUGUCAAUUGUUGCAUCUCUUUACGACCCUCUCGGCUUCGUAGCUCCCUUUGUUCUCAGUGGCAAGUGUAUCCUGCAGGAGUUAUGUCGCCGUGGCAUUGGAUGGGAUGAUCUGCUUCCUGAAAUGUUAGCCCCACGGUGGGAGGAGUGGAAAAAUGGGCUACAAAUGUUGAAGGAAAUCACCAUACCCAGAUGUUACCAUCCUCCAGACUUUGGCAAAGUUGUCAAAGUGGAGCUACACCAUUUCUCCGACGCCAGCAAUGUGGGAUAUGGUGCAUGUUCAUACCUAAGAUACAAAAAUGAUGAAGAUUAAGUCCAUUGUUGCCUCGUAAUAGCAAAAGCGAGGGUCGCGCCUACAAAGCUUUUGAGCAUUCCAAGACUGGAGCUGUCAGCUGCAGUCACUGCAGCUAGGAUGAGCGUGAUGUUGAAAACCGAACUUGAAAUGCAGAUUGACAAAGAGUUCUUCUGGACCGAUUCCCAGGUAGUACUGGCCUACAUCAACAACGAGGCACGAAGGUUUCACGUGUUCGUUGCUAACCGCGUUCAACUGAUAAGAGAUACUACAGACCAAAGUCAGUGGCAUUAUGUCGAUACGACACAAAAUCCAGCCGACCACGCUUCUAGAGGUCUUCGUGCAUCAGAUAUUUCGUCAACAACCUGGCUGUCAGGACCCAAGUUUUUAUGGGAACCAGAAGUUCACACAUCACCAAACUCUUCACCAGAGCUGUUAGUUGGUGAUCCAGAAGUCAAAGCAGUUGAAUCGUUCACAACCCACACAAGUGAACAAAACGAUGUUCUGAGUCGUCUAUGCCAGCUUUCCAGUUGGUCAACUCUCAUAAAAGUGGUUGCAAGGAUCAAAAGAUUAAGGUGUAAAGCAGGUCAACAUGGCGACCUUGUGACUGUUGAAGAACGAAGGAAGGCCACUGAGAUGGUGAUCGCCCUCGUCCAGCAGCAAGCUUUCCCCAAAGAGCUGAAGUUACUGCGAAAUGGAGAUAGCCUCCCUAGCUCAAGUCCUCUUAUACGCCUCAACCCCAUUCUAGAUCAGGGACUUCUUCGAGUUGGUGGAAGGUUGAACAAAUCAAGUCUCAGUCAUGAACUAAAGCACCCAGUCAUUCUUCCUAAGGAUAGCCCCAUAAACAAGUUAGUUCUGUCACAUUAUCAUGCCAUGAUUUGUCAUCAGGGCCGCAGUCAAACCCUAAUGGAACUGAGAGCCAAUGGAUUUUGGACGAUUGGUGGGAGCAAAGCAGUCGCCAAGUUGAUACACGGAUGCGUUAAAUGCAGGAAACUCAGACGCCAAACUGAGGAGCAGUGUAUGUCUGAGCUUCCCAAAGAACGUGUUGAAGUCUCACCCCCUUUCACAUACACUGGCAUGGACUGUUUUGGUCCAUUCAUUAUCAAGAGGGGCCGCAAAGAGCACAAACGAUAUGGACUCCUCCUCACAUGUCUAUCUUCACGUGCAGUCCAUAUCGAAAUGCUUGAAGAUCUUUCCACUGACUCCUUUAUCAACGCCUUAAGGUGCUUCAUCAGUCUAAGAGGAGCCGUUUGCCAAUUACACUGUGACCAUGGCACAAACUUUGUAGGAGCUAGAAAUGAGUUCAGAGAAGCUCUCAAACAAUGUGAAACCAAGACAUUGGAAGCCUUCUUGGCUGACAAACAGUGCAAGUUCAUCUUUAAUGCCCCCUCUGCAAGUCACGCGGGCGGAGUCUGGGAGCGACAGAUCCGGACCAUUCGCGGGGUGCUAAACGCCACAAUUACUCAGUGUUCAGGCCGUUUGGAUGAGGCAUCUCUCAGAACACUGUUCUAUGAAGCUAUGGCCAUCGUUAAUAGUCGUCCUUUAACUGUGGAUGGAAUAAAUGACCCCAUGGCACCAGAGCCUCUGACUCCCAACCACCUGAUCUUGAUGAAGUCCAAGGUUGCGUUACCACCGCCUGGAAAGUUUGUGAAGCAGGAUAUGUAUGCUGCAAAGAGGUGGCGCAGAGUGCAGUACCUCACGGAACAGUUCUGGAGCCGGUGGAAAAGGGAGUACUUAAUGGAAUCUUCCACAAGGCAGAAGUGGCAUGUACCACGCCGGAACGUAAAAGUCAAUGACAUAGUCAUCAUCAAGGAGGACAUGCUACCAAGAAGCCAAUGGCAACUGGGGCGUGUGGUAGAAACCACAGAAGGAACUGAUGGUUUGGUUCGACGAGUCAAGGUCCAAAUAGGAGAUAAGACACUGACAAAGAAAAAGGGCCCAGCGUUCAAACCCUCAAUUAUUGAGAGGCCCAUUCAAAAACUUGUAUUAAUCCUUGAAAGUGGGUAAAUAUUAAUUUGUUUUCAUACGAGACCUGUUCAUACAUUUAGUCUCUUUAGUUCGGUCCUUUUGUAUGGUCAAGAAAUCUUGAAUGAUUCUCUCAGUGUUCAUCAGUACAUGAUUUGGUGGGAGUGUAACGGACCUAUUGUUGUAUCGACCUGUAUUGCGCCCCGGAACCUUUUAUUUACGUUUCACCCUGUACUCUUUUAGAGGCGCACAGCAACAUUCAUGGCGAUGCGUGUCUCGCGCGUAGUCGCGUCGAAAACUGUAUGAAGCAAGCUAAAGGCCAGACCCAUGAAUGUCCGGUGAAUUCAACUUUUCCCGCUCGAUUUACCGUCGUCUUGCACCCUUGACAAGCGGAGCGAGUUUCACGGUGCCAUAGCAACAAAAGAACAAAAGAAUAAAAGGUUGCACCCGUCAGAGACUCUCCGGUUAUUUUGUGUCAAGGGCUGCUACAAUUACAGUAGAAGGAACUGUAUUCAUUCUCGCUGUAUCUUAAAACAAAUCCCUUCCUCUCUUAACUGAGAGAGGUUAAGUUAAUUCGUAUUCAAGUUCCCACUGGAGCCAGUAAGUCUGGUUUUGUGACCAGGCCAAUCGACUGACUUCUUUGUUGUGUAGACUCGUUUAGAGCCAAACCUGCAGACAUGUCCAAUACCCACCCAUUGUAUUACAAAUUUACUUGGCCUAAGGUCACUCCCACUCCCUUCCCACAAUGAAAAUGUUCCCUAUAAGAAUCUUGUGAAUCUAUUGUCUCGGCGAAUGUGUUCUUGGUAAACUUUGCUGCCAGUACUUUUCCCAUGAUCAUGCCUUAAGAUUAAAUCAAAUAUUUCGCUGUCCGACGUGUCCGUGAGAGAACUUUCUCUUCAUCAAAACCACUACACCUGGGCUGCAUCCGAAUACUCAUACUUGCAUACUAUAUAGUAUGCAUUUUGUAGUACGCAAAAAAUAUAGCGCAUCCGAAUACUCAGUAUGCAUUCUGUAGUACGGAAGACGUUUCCGAAUGCGUACUACCGCCAAGGUAAACCACGGACUUCACUACGCUAUCCCACAAUGCAACAGGACUCUAGUAACGAACGAAGAAGAGAUGGCUGACUCGUCACCACCAGAAAGACGUCGUAGAAAGCGGCGAAAAAAAGAGACAUUAAAAAGAGUAAAAUAGUAAAGCAAGUAAUUAAGUAAAAAGAUACAUUUUUAAUUUGAUAGCAACGAUGACAAGACGGAAAACAGGUAACUUUUCGGCGAUGUUCGGAAGCGUUCGGAGGCGUUCUACGCAUAGCUGUAGACCGUACUACACAGUCAAGUGUAGUAUGGUCAAGUAGUAGACACUGGACAGAAAUAGUAUGUACUAAGUAUUCGGAUGCAGCCUACUCUUCAAAUCUGGACUAAAUGAUCACAGUGAGGCUAUACAUUAUGUAAAACAUAGUUUCAGAUUUGUGAAACCUUUACCCUAUUUGUGAAAAUGCAAUAAAGGCAUAUUUUAAUGCUUUUUAGGGGUCCAGACCGCAUUAGAACUGAUCCUGAUUAAAACCACUACACCUAGACUCUUCAAAUCUGGACUAAAUUAUCACAGUGAGGCUAUACAUUAUGUAAAACAUAUUUUCAGAUUUGUGAAACCUUUACCCUAUUUGUGAAAAUGCAAUACAGGCUCAUUUAGGGGUCCAGACCGCAUUGCUUUUUCACAAAUAGG